AUGUCUGCGCCACAAUACUCAUAUCCACCACCACCUCAAAAUGCUGCCUAUGCACCUCCACCUGCUGCACAGCAAGGCUAUUAUGCUCCUCAACAGCCACUGCAACAAUAUUAUCAGCCAAAUCCUCCUCCACAAACUGUCAUUGUUCAACAACAAGGUCAGCAAAAUGACGCAGCCGAAGAUUGUUGUUGCGCUUGGUAA